ACCUUGUCAGGCACACCUUCUCACAGUGCCCAGGACAGACGUCAGUGUGCCAGGCUGCUGAUUCACAAACCUUUGUUUAAACUGCUUAAAGGGCUUAGGAAGAAGGGAAAGAAAGGGUGUUGAAAUCAGCCGUGAGUUUCAGUGACAUUUGGAUCUGUACCUGAGAGAACUGAGGAUGGUGCAAGCAUCAAAUCUGAGGACAAGACCGCUGUUUUGGGCUUGCUUCAUUAUAUGUGCAGAACUUCAUCUGGUCUUUGGUCAACAAUAUCUUGGAGUAAUCAGCUUCAAAAAUGGGAUGGCUACUCAAGAAUUUUACUUUGAUCUGGAGAUCACCAACCGGGGCUUCAACAGCUCUCUUCUUGAUCCCACCUCAGAAUACUACAAGACAACAAAGUUGGAAGUUGAUGAUUUGAUGAAUGCUGCUUUCAAAUGCUCUGAUUGUCUGGCCAACCCUAAUGCCUUUAAAGGCACCAAAGACGUGACUUUCCGGUCUGGGAAUCUCAUCAUUGCAGACAUGAUUCUUGUCUUCGAAUUCAACAGUUCAAUUCCAUCUGACUACAUAACCCCCAACAUAAUCAGCAUUUUUUUUAGAAGUGCUGCUGACAAAGACACUGCUAUUGAAGUCAACACCGAAUAUACACACGACAUCAUACCAGUGACAGUAGGAACUCCAACGACACCACCACCUACCACAACAACACAGUUAACCUCCAGCACAACUACACUCCCCACAACCACAUUCACCACUACCACGCCCUCCACUACACCAUCCUCUACUACUCCCAGCGCUACUAGUGCCACUUUCAGCGGCUCAACAAGUGGCCUUGAUGAUGUUACUACUGACCACUCAGCCUCAGCCUCAGUCUCAGCCUCAGCCUCCACUCUGUACACCACAACAGGGACAGCUUCGACCACUGAUAUAGAUCAUCUCAAGAGCAAAAGCGGUCCAGCGUCCGUCACCCCACGCCACCUCAUUGAGUCUACUAACACUACUGCUGCUACAGCAACCACCACUGCGUACCCCCUUGUUCCCUACUGGUUUGACUGGGUGCCUGGAUGGGCCAUCGCUCUGCUUGUAUUGGCCGCCCUCAUCCUGCUCCUUCUCAUCAUUCUCCUCAUCCUGCUGUUGAUUCGCUGGUGUUGUAUGGAUGAGCCUGACGAGCCAAUCAAAUCAGAGCGUCCAGAUCCCUACCACUCGCCCUACUUAUCCCACUCUGCUGCCAAAACACCCAUACUCAACAUGACCAAUCAACCCAUGACACCAGAGAAGCCAAAGGAAGGCAGAACAGGGAUGUAUGUGGUGAAUCCUUGAGGCAUCGCAAUACAAAGAUAAUCAGAACAACAAGCUAAAAACUGUGCUUGAGUCAUUGAGUGUCAUGACUGCAAGAGGACUGCAAAGGACUGCAGCAUAAACUUACAAAUGCGGCAAUAGACAUUUUACACACAAAUGAGAACUGUGUUAAUGUAGCAGAGAGAAAGAGUAUUUAUUUUUUGUUUGUCACGGUGUUCACAAAGUUCUUAUCAUUUCAUUAUAUUGUGCCUAAUAUUAAAGCAUUGUAUUUACUAACAUUCAAAUUUAAGGUAAUCGUCUUUUACUAUUCAGAUUAAGGUACUCAUGUGUGACUUGUAGUAUAGGAAAAUAUGGCAUAUGUCUGCUAGCAACCGAAUCUCGGGCCAAGUCUUUACGAGAAAAACUGAAAAAAAAUCAACUUUAAGCCUUGUGCUGCUGCUACGAAUAGCCUCGUUUCUCGUGGUUGGGUGACG